AUGACGCAGGAUAUUGAGAAUACCCAUGGCGAAGAUGUCACCGUCACCAUCAAGACGGAGACUACUGUUCAAACAGACGAAGUUACCACUGCAAGCAGCUCCCCUGUGGAGAACGGCGCAGAGACCCCGAACGACUUCGACAACGGGGUUGCCAUUCGACCCAAUUCUGCAGAAGACAUCCCAGACCUUCUCAAGAAGGUCGGCUCACUCGGUGCCGAGUACGCUUCAAACACCGAUGAGGACCUCCGCGCUGAGUACCUCGAUGCGGCGCGGCAUCUCGUGUAUGCGCUGGAGACUCCCCGUGAGGCCAUGAUCAGAUACUGCUGGUCCCAGAGCACACUAUACGCUGCGAUCGAAACAUGUGUCGACCUCGGCGUGUUCCCGAUUCUGGCCCAGGACGACACUCCCAAGACAGCGGAAGAGCUCGCAAAGGCUACCAACGCCGAACCUCUCGUUCUCUCCCGUCUUCUCAAACAUCUCGGUACAAUGGGCGUAAUUGCCGAAGUCGGCGAAGACACCUACCGCCGCAAUGGCUUCUCUACCUCUCUGGCUAUCAAGCGGUAUAGCGAUGCCUAUCCAUGCAUGACUGGCUGCAUCACAGACGGCAUUAUAGCCCUCCCCGCCCACCUCAAGAAAACCAACUACGUCAACCCCAGCAACGGCGUCAAAUCUGCCUUCCAAGACGGAUACCGCACCUCCUCCCACUUCUUCGAAUACCUAAAGCAAAACCCUAUCCACGCGGAGCAGUUCAAUAACCACAUGACGGCGUAUCACCAGGGCCGUCCCAGUUGGAUGGACGAGGGAUUCUUCCCCGUACCGUCUCUGACGGAGGGACUGAAUGUCAGUGCGGAUGAUGUCCUCCUGGUGGACGUCGGUGGUGGUGUCGGCCAUGAUCUUACUGAGUUCCGACGCAAAUGGCCCAACAUUCCUGGCCGGUUGGUUCUGGAGGAUCUGUCCGAGGUGAUUGACCAGGCCAAGGCACAGAACCAGGCGACUGCGUCGUUCAUUGAACCGGUUGUGCAUGACUUCUUCAAUGAGCAGCCCGUCAAAGGCGCCCGAGCAUACUACAUGCACUCCGUCCUCCACGACUGGGCCGACGCCGACUGCCGGCGCAUCCUCUCCAACCUCGCGCAGGCAAUGAAGCCCGGCUACAGCAAAAUUCUAAUCAACGAGAACGUGAUCCCGAGCACGAACGCGUACUGGGAGACGACGAGUCUGGACAUCAUCAUGAUGGCGGACUUUGCAUCGCAGGAGCGCACGGAGAAGCAGUGGCGCGAGCUUACUGCGUCGGUGGGAUUGAAGAUCGUCAAGAUCUGGACGCGACGAAGGGGGGUGGAGAGUCUGAUUGAGUGUGAACUUGCUUAG